CAUCCUAAGGCCUCUUGUUCACGGCACGUUUUUCGCCGUAAAAAUCUACGGUUAAUUCGCCGUAGGUAGGCACGGUUAUCAGUGUUGUAUGGAUCACAGUGGGAGCUUGUAGACAUACACGGCAGCGCUACGUUACGGCAAAGCUGCCGUGCUCGCCGUGAAAGCCCCUCGGCGCGCCGCGUCUGGCGACGGCGUGAUUUUCAUCAGUGUUGUAUCGCAGUGCAUGAGAGCUUGUCGAUGGUGCCGGACGUUUUCACGUUUUGGGAAAGAUAUUACACAGGCUGAUGAAAUAAGCGAUAAAAUGGACAUCAAUCAAGAAGUUCUUAUAACAUUAGUUCAAGAAAGGCCGGUGAUCUGGGAUAAGACGAUAGAAGGUUAUAAAAAUAAACGCCUGAAGUUUGAUUGCUGGAAAGAAAUAUUCGUACAAUUGAAUCCCGCAUUUGAAGAUUUAAGUGGUGAAGAAAAGAACACUUUUGGGCAACAUGUGAUGAAAAAAUGGACCAAUAUGAAAGAUAAUUGGAUGAAAUGUCAUAAAAAAAUGGGUGAAUAUAAAUCUGGCGCUGGAGCACACAAAAUAAGAAAAUACAAUUUUUAUGAUCAAAUGCUAUUCUUAAGCAAAAUUGUAGAACAUCGCAAGACUGAUUCCAGUAUGGAUGAGCAUGUUAAUAGUUCAGGCAUCAAUAAUGAAAAUGCAGAACCGAAUCCAUCAAGAUCACAGAACGGUAAAGCGAGUGAGGCUCCAAAGGCUAAGCAGAAGAAAAAAAAUAAUCAACUUAGUGAGGUUGACAUUAAGUUUAUGAAGUUUAUGGAUGUAACGGCACAGGAGGAGAAAAGCCGCAGUAUGAACUUUUUUAGAGGAAUUUCUGAUUCAGUUGACAAGUUUACUGAUGAAAACAUAAUAGACUUCCAGUUUCAAGUCAUUUCAAUAAUUAAAAGCAUACAAGAAAGAGAAAAUAACCGAUAUAUAGCAGCACCUAGAAACCAAUGGGAUCAUGGCCAGCAAGGAUAUCAAAGCGGCACAACACCUGCGAAUUCACAGUUUUCAGUGUAUGGGCAUUCCACAGCUGCUCGAUCAGGCUUUGGAAUCAAUGGCCAGGAAUACGAUUUUGGACAUAGCUCUGGUUUAGAGCCCAUCCCCAACCGACCAGAAUCGCAAGCAUCUGCUCAAAGUGUGAAUACAGAAAGUACCUCUGCAAAUUCUCAAGCCAGUACUGAAGAAUUCGAUUUUAGCUCUGCAUUUCGGGAGCAUCUUUAG